UAUAAAAACCCAAAAUCCAACAAACUUUGAUUACACACACUUACAUACAACAAUGGCUUCGUCAUCUACAAGUAUCUCUCUCCUUCUCUUCGUCUCUUUCAUUCUUCUUCUCGUUAACUCGCGUGCAGAGAAUGCGUCCAGUGGAUCGGAUCUCGACGAAGAAUUGGCUUUCCUCGCCGCGGAGGAAUCCAAGGAACAAAGCCACGGCGGCGGUUCGUACCACGAGGAGGAGCACGAUCAUCAGCACCGAGACUUCGAGAAUUACGAUGAUCUCGAGCAAGGAGGCGGCGAGUUUCAUCACGGCGAUCACGGUUACGAGGAGGAGCCGUUACCACCAGUCGACGAGAAAGACGUGGCGGUUCUGACCAAGGACAAUUUCACCGAGUUCGUCGGCAACAAUAGCUUCGCGAUGGUGGAGUUUUACGCUCCGUGGUGCGGCGCUUGUCAGGCUUUGACUCCGGAGUACGCCGCGGCUGCGACGGAGUUGAAAGGCCUUGCGGCGCUCGCGAAGAUCGACGCGACGGAGGAAGGGGAUUUGGCUCAGAAGUACGAGAUUCAGGGCUUCCCCACCGUUUUCUUGUUUGUCGACGGAGAAAUGCGCAAGACCUACGAAGGUGAAAGAACAAAGGAUGGUAUUGUGACUUGGCUGAAGAAGAAGGCCAGUCCUAGCAUCCACAACAUCACUACUAAAGAGGAGGCUGAACGUGUUUUGUCCGCUGAACCUAAACUUGUCUUUGGUUUUCUCAACUCAUUAGUGGGGUCAGAGAGUGAGGAGCUCGCGGCUGCGUCCAGACUGGAAGACGAUCUCAGUUUUUACCAAACUGCAAGCCCUGAUAUUGCAAAGCUAUUUGAAAUUGAAACCCAAGUCAAGCGUCCUGCCUUAGUUUUACUGAAAAAGGAGGAAGAGAAACUUGCCCGUUUUGAUGGAAACUUCACUAAAACGGCUAUAGCAGAGUUUGUGUCAGCCAACAAAGUCCCAUUGGUGAUCAACUUCACAAGGGAAGGUGCAUCACUGAUUUUCGAGAGCUCAGUGAAAAACCAACUCAUUCUUUUUGCCAAGGCAAAUGAAUCAGAGAAGCACCUUCCCACUCUGAGGGAGGUGGCAAAGUCCUUCAAGGGAAAGUUUGUUUUCGUUUAUGUGCAAAUGGACAAUGAAGAUUAUGGAGAAGCAGUUUCUGGAUUCUUUGGUGUUACCGGCGCUGCCCCCAAGGUUCUUGUAUACACUGGUAAUGAAGAUAUGAGGAAGUUUAUUCUGGACGGUGAAUUGACCGUAAAUAACAUUAAGACACUUGCGGAAGAUUUCCUAGCAGACAAACUGAAGCCUUUCUACAAGUCAGAUCCACUACCGGAAAAUAACGAUGGUGAUGUUAAGGUCAUUGUGGGAAACAAUUUUGAUGAGAUUGUUCUUGACGAGUCAAAGGAUGUUCUUCUCGAGAUAUAUGCUCCUUGGUGUGGCCACUGCCAAUCAUUUGAGCCGAUUUACAACAAGCUUGGAAAGUAUUUAAAAGGCAUUGACUCGUUAGUUGUAGCAAAGAUGGAUGGUACCAGCAAUGAGCAUCCUAGAGCAAAGGCUGAUGGGUUCCCAACAAUCCUGUUCUUCCCUGGUGGAAACAAAAGCUUCGAUCCGAUCGCUGUGGAUGUUGACCGUACAGUAGUGGAACUGUACAAAUUCCUGAAGAAGCACGCAUCAAUCCCAUUUAAACUUGAGAAACCGGCGACACCUGAACCGGUGAUCUCGACCAUGAAAUCUGAUGAGAAGAUCGAGGGUGAUAGUUCCAAGGAUGAGUUGUGAUGAUCGGAACAGAGUGUGUAACAAGGCUAUAGAUGAUGACUCUUCUAUAAAUGAUAGAAAAUGUUUUGCCCUUUGUUUUUUUCCAUUGUUGUAUGCUAUGAAAUGAAUAAUUAAAGAAGUUUUGGUUUCUCAAGUUUUUGGAUGUAACUGGAGGUUUGAUCCACACAUUGAGUGUUGAUUUAAUGCGACUUGUGGUUCAUAACAACUAGCACAAAAGAUUUCUUACGAAGCGUAGAGAAACCACACAAUUUCUG